AGGGAGGAAAGGGAAUAGAAGAGAAAGGGUAUGCUGUUCAGCUUCUUGUAUCUUCUCCUGCCACUGAUUCGCCUGCGGGGCAUGACGAGCUGACCACUAGAGCAUGCCAUCAAGCCCUUCUAGGCAGAGUAAAAAUCCGUUGCCAUAAACAUGUCUGUCAGCAGCCACGAAAACCGCAAGUCUCGUUCUAGUACAGGCUCCAUGAAUAUUCAUCUCUUCCACAAGCCAGGCCAUGCCGACAGCCUUUUAACACAGCUUAACCUGCUGCGCAAGAGAUGUCUGUUCACAGAUGUGGUGCUGCUGGCUGGGAAUCGUGCUUUUCCAUGCCACAGAGCUGUGCUAGCAUCCAGCAGCCGCUAUUUUGAGGCAAUGUUCAGUGGUGGUCUGAAGGAGAGCAAAGAUGGAGAAGUCAACUUUCAAGAUGCCCUGCAUCCUGAGGUCUUGGAACUGCUACUAGAUUAUGCAUAUUCUGCCCGUAUUAUCUUCAAUGAGGAAAAUGCUGAGUCCCUUCUAGAAGCAGGAGACAUGUUACAGUUUCAUGACAUUCGGGAUGCAGCGGCAGAGUUCCUGGAGAAAAAUCUUCAUCCAGCCAACUGCUUGAACAUGAUGUUGAUUUCUGAUGCACACUUCUGUGAAAGGCUGUUGGAACUCUCUUGGAGAAUGUGCCUUGCUAACUUUGUGGAGUUAUCAACAACAGAAGACUUUUGCAGAUUGCCAAAAAUAAAGCUUAUGGAAUUAGUUCUCAGUGAGGAGCUGGAGGUUGAAGAUGAGAGUUUGGUUUAUGAGGCGGUGAUGGGAUGGAUUAAAUAUGAGCUGCAUACUCGGCUUGAUGACCUGCCAGAUCUCCUGCGCUGUGUUCGCCUAGCACUUUUGUCUGAGCAGUACUUGAGAAGUUUAGCCAUGAAUGAGCUUGUGGUGCAGAAUAAGCUGGCCAAGGAAAUUGUAGAAGAAGCAAUUCGCUGCAGAACAAAGAUUCUACAGAAUGAUGGACUGGUGACUGGCUUUUGUGCCCGUCCUCGGAAAGUUAGCCAAGCCUUGCUUCUUUUAGGAGGGCAGACUUUCAUGUGUGACAAGAUCUAUGUGAUGGACCAAAAGACCACAGAGAUUAUCCCCAAGACUGACAUCCCUAGCCCACGCAAGGAAUGCAGUGCAUGUGCAAUCGGCUGCAAAGUGUAUGUUACUGGAGGUAAGGGUGCAGAGAAUGGAUCCUCCAAGGAUGUCUGGGUUUAUGAUACACUUCAUGACGAGUGGUCGAAAGCAGGACCCAUGUUGGUGGCCAGAUUUGGACAUGGGUCUGCAGAACUGGAUAAUUGUUUGUAUGUGGUUGGAGGUCAUACAGCCAUAACAGGGGCUUUCCCAGCUUCCCCUUCUGUCUCACUAAAACAAGUGGAACAUUAUGAUCCUCAUAUUGACAAAUGGACAUUAGUGGCUCCCCUCCGGGAAGGUGUCAGCAAUGCUGCUGUGGUGGGAGCCAAGAUGAAACUCUUUGUGUUUGGUGGCACCAGUGUUAACCGUGAAAAACUUCCUAAAGUCCAAUGCUUUGACCCUCUUCAAAAUAGGUGGACAGUUCCUACCACUUGCCCUCAGGCUUGGCGUUACACUGGUGCUGCAGUUCUAGGGAACAACGUCAUUGUAGUAGGGGGUGACACAGAGUUUUCUGCCAGUUCUGCUUACCGCUUCAAUAGUGAGACUUAUCAGUGGUGCAGGUUUGGAGAUGUUUCUUCCAAGAGGAUUAGCUGCCGGGCAGUGGCCUCUGGGAACAGAAUGUAUGUGGUGGGUGGGUACUGCGGUACCCAGCGAUGCAAGACCCUGGACUGUUAUGACCCAUCAAGUGACACUUGGAGCAGUGUAACCACAGUACCCUACUCCCUGAUCCCAACAGCCUUUGUGAGCACCUGGAAGUAUCUUUCAACAUAAGACCAUGUACAGGUAAAUCGCAUUUCACCUCCCAUAUAACGUCUA